GCGUACUGCGUACGUACCGUACGGUAUCGUACGAUUCGAAAAAGUCUCUUGUCGAAAGAAAACCGAGAAAUUUUCUGAUGCAAGGGAGCUGGUCUAAGAAAUCGUGCUUGACCAUUGCAACGGUCUGACAAGUCGGUUGGUUGUAUCGCAAGGAGAAAAGCAGACGCGUCGUGAAACACCAUCAAUAUGAGUCAGGAAGGAUGGAAACCAACAGGCAACAAGGGCGGAAACGGCAGGCGUGGAAACAGAGGCGGUAGAGGUGGCAGAGGUGGCAGGGGAAAGCACGGUGGAGGCCGUGGCCGCGGUGGGAACGGCCAAAGCCCCAGGAGCUACGGUGACCACAAGGGAAAUCGACCACAGCCCCGCCCACCACCCCUCCCUAACAAGAAGAAAAAUGGAGAAAAGGGAGCGGACGCCCACACCGUCUCCGAGAAAACCCGCAUUCAGUUCACCCAGGUGCUGAUGGACUUUCGCGAAGACGACGACAGACGACGCUUCGAGUUCCCCGCGGACCUGACCAACACGGAACGAAAAUUCCUGCACGAGCUGGCGUCCCAGCUGGGGCUGAAGAGCAAGUCCUCUGGAAAGGGAGAGAACCGGAGGAUCGUGGUGACGAAACCCGACGACAAAAUUAAAAAAACCGCCGGGGGGGAAAGCCUCCCGCUACUCAGGCUGGGAAAGGGAGGUACCAGGGCACUGGCGCAGCACGUUUUGAGAUUUCCCCCCACGCGUACGGAACAACUGGAAUCGAAAGAAACGGGCGCUUCGCUGGUGGAAGCGAUGGCAUCGCAGCAGAACACACAGAACGAAGAGGGUGCCAGUCCGAGCGAGGACAAAGAGGUACUGGAUGCCCUGAAUCGAUUGGGUUUGGGCGGUGGGCAUGGUUCUACCGGAGAUCAUGCUUCAAAGAAAAUUCGUUCUCCAAACGUGGGAAGACGCGUUGACGUAAGUCGUCGCAAAGAAAGACACGCAUUCUAUCAGCAACAGAAGCAAAACUCAAAGGACUACAAGCAAAUGCUCAAGAAUCGAUCCAAGUUGCCUGCGUACAGUCGGGAAGCAGAGAUUGUCGCCACCGUGAGAGCAAAUCCCGUUACCGUCAUUCAGGGUGGUGAGUAAUAUAACGCAGCAACCACAGCACAGAGUCUGAUAUUGUGGCGUCCAGCAUUUGCUUGAUACACAUGAUAUUAAGUGUGUCUUACGAUUUUUUUACAUCUAAAUUUUAGAGACCGGGUGCGGAAAGAGCACACAGUGCCCUCAGUUUAUUCUUGAUGCCAACCCUACAGCUAGCAUUGCUGUCACUCAGCGUAAGUUCUCUGUCUUAUGUGCAUCUUUCUUCGUGCAUCUCCCAAACUGUUCAAAUGAACCUCACAUCUUUCCAUCCUGGAACAAAAUCAGCUCGUCGGAUCUCCGCCAUAUCCAUAGCGGAACGUGUCGCACAAGAACAAUGCUUGGUGUCUUCGUCCGAUGCAACGAGGGGCAUCGGAUCGCAGAUCGGAUACCAGGUUCGACUCGAAAGUGCUUGUAGCAAGGAUACUCAACUGUUGUUUUUGACACCAGGGGUCUUGCUGCGCAAACUUCAAUCCUCUCCGAUGCUGUCAGAAUACACCCACAUCAUUAUCGACGAAGUCCACGAACGGGACAAAUACACAGAGUUCUUGUUGAUCCGGUUGAGAGAUUUGUUGCCCCUCAGACCCGAUCUGAGACUGAUUUUGAUGAGUGCUACGCUGCAAACGGAGGUAUUGAUGAACUACUUUUCUCCGGGUAACGAAAGCAACACCAGUAGCAACAGCGACUUUUACAGUGUUCAUCCCCCGGUCAUGUUGAGCAUCGAAGGUAGAACCUUUCCAGUCCAAGAAUUCUUCGUGAGUUUUCACCAAACAUUUUUUAACCACGGUAUGUUUUAGAUCAAACUGCUCUUAUUGGCUUUCUGACCUUUGAUUGCUUUCUUCCGUACAAAAGCUUGAGCAUGUUCUCGAGUUAACUGAAUAUGUGGAUAUCGAUGCUUUCGAAGAUGACGACAACGACGAAGCGAAAGGAGAUUCGGUUGUUGAAAAGCGUCCAAUGUCCACUGAUCAACUGAAUGCAGCUCUGAUCAGACAUCUAUCAAACGGUGGAGCAAGUUCUUCCUCGCCGAUUGACAUGCCAGCAACGGGAAUAACUACAAGGUGCGCACUAUGCGGCAAAGGAUUUCUUGGUCCAAUCCACCUCGCUGAGCAUAUGGCAGUCUGUACCGGAUUGAUGGAAGAGGAUAUUGUUCAUGAUGAAGAGGACGAUGUCGUCAAGCCAGCAGCGUUUUCCACCCCACAAUUCCUAGCCGUUGAAAAGAAUAGCAGUUUUGCCGAUGCAAACUUUGAGGAUUACGAUGACUAUGAUAUCGACGAAUCUCAAGCGGUUGCUAAUUUCGUCUUUCAGGAGCUCCCAGAGUCCCCGGAACAAGAUCUUGUGGAAGAAGAAAAGAAAUGGGACGGUGAGGGUAUUUUUGAGACAAAUGUUGCGCAAGAAGUAGUUUUGACAAAGAAGCAAGAGAAAUAUUUGAAAUGUUAUCAAACAAUGUACGAUGACGAGCAGAUCAACACAGAACUCUUAUUGGAGAUCCUUCACUAUAUCAACAAAAGCUCGCAAGGAGAAGGAGCUAUCCUUGUAUUUCUACCCGGAUGGCAAGAAAUCUCCGAGGUUAGUAUGCUUUUGGAAAAUACCAUACCAUUCAGCAAUCGUUCCAAGUUUUUGGUUCUGCCUCUACAUUCUGGAAUUCCAAGUCAAGACCAGCGCAAGGUUUUACGACGACCGCCAGCAGGAAGUCGAAAAAUCGUAUUGAGGUAUGUUGUUUGAGUAAAGCAGUGUGCAACAACAUUGCGGUGAAGAAUUAUUCUAAUUAUCGUCUCUCACAAAAAUUAUUUUCUGUGAUGCCAUGACAUUAGUACAAAUAUUGCUGAAACAUCGCUCACAAUUGAUGAUGUGGCAUUUGUCAUCGACAGUGGACGUAAGUGUUGUUGUUUGUAAGUAUUAUCUAUCUACUUCAAAUUUCUUUGUACUAAACGUUUCGGUCUCUCUUAAUUCGGAUUGUGAUGCCCAUGGUUGGGCAGGAGCAAAAGAAAAAGAUUAUGAUCCUCAUUUGAAAACAUCUACUCUUCAACCAGUAUGGAUCAGUCAGUCUUCUUCGAAACAGCGGAAGGGCCGAGCUGGUAGAACAAAAGCUGGUGUUUGCUUUCAUCUUUUCUCUAGCACACGGCACCAAUCAAUGCGUCAAUUUGUG